AUGGCACGAGAAUCAAACGAGGCCCUUUUGAAUCAACACAAAGAGAAGCACUUCACCGCUGGCGAAAUCGUGCGGGACAUUAUCAUCGGCGUCUCCGAUGGCCUCACCGUUCCUUUCGCACUCGCGGCGGGCCUUUCCGGCGCCAACGCCUCCUCCGCCGUCAUCCUUACCGCCGGCGUCGCCGAGGUUGCGGCCGGCGCCAUCUCCAUGGGCCUCGGAGGAUACCUAGCGGCAAAGAGUGAAGCAGAUCAUUAUAUGAGGGAGCUGAAGAGAGAAGAGGAGGAGAUUAUUGAUGUGCCUGAUACAGAAGCUGCUGAGGUAGCGGAAAUUUUAUCGCAAUAUGGGGUUGAGCCUCACGAGUACGCACCGGUUGUGAAUGCCCUUAGGAAGAAUCCAAAGGCAUGGGUCGAUUUCAUGAUGAAGUUUGAGCUGGGAUUGGAGAGGCCGGACCCAAGGCGAGCACUGGAAAGCGCGUUGACGAUUGCAAUAGCUUACAUAGUGGGUGGAUUAGUGCCUCUCCUUCCUUACAUGUUCAUCUCAAAUGCAACCCAAGCUGUCCUUGCCUCUGUUGUCCUAACCCUUAUUGCAUUGCUCAUUUUCGGUUACGCCAAAGGUUACUUUACCGGUAACAAGCCCUUCACGAGUGCUCUGCAGACGGCGUUUAUUGGAGCUAUUGCAUCUGCUGCUGCAUUCGGCAUGGCAAAGCUCGUCCAAGGAUGA